GGCUGAGAGGGAGAGAGUCACAGAGUGAAAAACCGAAAGGCCCAGAGAGGCCCCCAGAGCAAGUUCUGGAGCAAGACAGAGGAAGAGGGGACGUGUCUACAGAUCGUGCCAGACCUUUGACCCCAGCUUCCCGAGCCCUCCGUGCGGGUGGCAGCUGGGAGCCAGAACUGUGUCUGGCCAGGUGGGCAGCAGGAGCGUCUGACAAAGGACAAUGGUGAUUCUUCAGCAGGGGGACUAUGUCUGGAUGGACCUGAGAUCCGGGCAGGAGUUCGAUGUGCCCAUCGGGGCGGUGGUGAAGCUCUGCGACUCUGGGCAGAUCCAGGUGGUGGACGAUGAGGGCAAUGAACACUGGAUCACCCCGCAGAAGGCCACGCACAUCAAGCCCAUGCACCCCACGUCGGUCCACGGUGUGGAGGACAUGAUCCGCCUGGGGGACCUCAAUGAGGCUGGCAUCCUGCGCAACCUGCUCAUCCGCUACCGGGACCACCUCAUCUAUACGUACACGGGCUCCAUCCUGGUGGCUGUGAACCCCUACCAGCUGCUCUCCAUCUACUCGCCAGAGCACAUCCGCCAGUACACCAACAAGAAGAUCGGGGAGAUGCCCCCGCACAUCUUUGCCAUUGCCGACAACUGCUACUUCAACAUGAAACGAAACAGCCGUGACCAGUGCUGCAUCAUCAGUGGGGAGUCUGGGGCAGGGAAGACAGAGAGCACGAAGCUGAUCCUGCAGUUCCUGGCGGCCAUCAGUGGGCAGCACUCGUGGAUCGAGCAGCAGGUGCUGGAGGCCACCCCCAUCCUGGAAGCCUUCGGGAAUGCCAAGACCAUUCGCAACGACAACUCAAGCCGCUUCGGGAAGUACAUUGACAUCCACUUCAACAAGCGGGGUGCCAUUGAGGGCGCCAAGAUCGAGCAGUACCUGCUGGAGAAGUCGCGCGUCUGUCGCCAGGCGCCUGACGAGAGGAACUACCACGUGUUCUACUGCAUGCUGGCGGGCAUGGGCGAGGACCAGAAGAAGAAGCUGGGCCUGGGCCAGGCCACCGACUACAACUACUUGGCUAUGGGCAACUGCAUAACCUGUGAGGGCCGCGAGGACAGCCAGGAGUAUGCCAACAUCCGCUCCGCCAUGAAGGUGCUCAUGUUCACUGACACAGAGAACUGGGAGAUCUCGAAGCUCCUGGCCUCCAUCCUGCACCUCGGCAACCUGCAGUACGAGGCCAGGACAUUUGAAAACCUGGAUGCCUGCGAGGUGCUCUUCUCCCCGUCCCUGGCCACAGCUGCAUCCUUGCUCGAGGUGAACCCCCCAGACCUGAUGAACUGCCUGACCAGCCGCACCCUCAUCACCCGCGGCGAGACGGUGUCCACCCCGCUCAGCAGGGAGCAGGCGCUGGAUGUCCGCGAUGCCUUCGUCAAGGGGAUCUACGGGCGGCUCUUCGUGUGGAUCGUAGACAAGAUCAACGCCGCGAUUUACAAGCCCCCCUCCCAGGACGUGAAGAACUCUCGCCGGUCCAUCGGCCUCCUGGACAUCUUUGGGUUCGAGAACUUCGCUGUGAACAGCUUCGAGCAGCUCUGCAUCAACUUCGCCAACGAGCACCUGCAGCAGUUCUUCGUGCGGCACGUGUUCAAGCUGGAGCAGGAGGAGUACGACCUGGAGAGCAUCGACUGGCUGCACAUCGAGUUCACCGACAACCAGGACGCCCUGGACAUGAUCGCCAACAAGCCCAUGAACAUCAUCUCCCUCAUCGACGAGGAGAGCAAGUUCCCCAAGGGCACGGACGCCACCAUGUUGCAUAAGCUGAACUCGCAGCACAAGCUCAACUCCAACUACAUUCCUCCCAAGAACAACCACGAGACCCAGUUCGGCAUCAACCACUUUGCUGGUGUCGUCUACUAUGAGACUCAAGGCUUCCUGGAGAAGAACCGGGACACCCUGCACGGAGACAUCAUCCAGCUGGUCCACUCCUCCAGGAACAAGUUCAUCAAGCAGAUCUUCCAGGCCGAUGUCGCCAUGGGCGCGGAGACCAGGAAGCGCUCGCCCACGCUCAGCAGCCAGUUCAAGCGGUCGCUGGAGCUGCUGAUGCGCACCCUGGGUGCCUGCCAGCCCUUCUUCGUGCGCUGCAUCAAGCCCAACGAGUUCAAGAAGCCCAUGCUGUUCGACCGGCACCUGUGCGUGCGCCAGCUGCGGUACUCGGGGAUGAUGGAGACCAUCCGCAUCCGCCGAGCCGGCUACCCCAUCCGCUACAGCUUCGUGGAGUUCGUGGAGCGGUACCGAGUGCUGCUGCCCGGCGUGAAGCCGGCCUACAAGCAGGACGACCUUCGGGGGACCUGCCAGCGCAUGGCUGAGGCUGUGCUGGGCACGCACGACGACUGGCAGAUUGGCAAAACCAAGAUCUUUCUGAAGGACCACCACGACAUGCUGCUGGAGGUGGAGCGGGACAAGGCCAUCACCGACAGAGUCAUCCUCCUCCAGAAGGUCAUCCGGGGAUUCAAAGACAGGUCCAACUUCCUGAAGCUGAAGAACGCUGCCACCCUGAUCCAGAGGCACUGGCGGGGCCACAACUGCCGGAGGAACUAUGAGCUGAUGCGGCUGGGCUUCCUGCGGCUGCAGGCCCUGCACCGCUCCCGGAAGCUGCACCAGCAGUACCGCCUGGCCCGCCGGCGCAUCAUCCAGUUCCAGGCGCGCUGCCGGGCCUACCUGGUGCGCAAGGCCUUCCGCCACCGCCUCUGGGCCGUGCUCACCGUGCAGGCCUACGCCCGGGGCAUGAUCGCCCGCAGGCUGCACCGGCGCCUCCGGGCCGAGUACCGGCGGCGUCUGGAGGCCGAGAAAAUGCGGCUGGCGGAGGAGGAGAAGCUGCGGAAGGAGAUGAGCGCCAAGAAGGCCAAGGAGGAGGCCGAGCGCAAGCAUCAGGAGCGCCUGGCCCAGCUGGCCCGCGAGGACGCGGAGCGGGAGCUGAAGGAGAAGGAGGAGGCCCGGCGGAAGAAGGAGCUCCUGGAGCAGAUGGAGAGGGCCCGCCACGAGCCCGUCAAUCACUCCGACAUGGUGGACAAGAUGUUCGGCUUCCUGGGGACUUCGGGCGGCCUGCCGGGCCAGGAGGGCCAGGCCCCCAGUGGCUUUGAGGACCUGGAGCGCGGGCGGAGGGAGAUGGUGGAGGAGGACCUGGACGCGGCGCUGCCCCUGCCCGACGAGGAUGAGGAGGACCUCUCAGAGUACAAAUUCGCCAAGUUCUCUGCCACCUACUUCCAGGGCACGACCACGCACACCUACACCCGGCGGCCACUCAAGCAGCCACUGCUGUACCAUGACGAUGAGGGUGACCAGCUGGCGGCCCUGGCCGUGUGGAUCACCAUCCUCCGGUUCAUGGGGGACCUCCCCGAGCCCAAGUACCACACGGCCAUGAGUGACGGCAGCGAGAAGAUCCCGGUGAUGACCAAGAUUUACGAGACCCUCGGCAAGAAGACGUACAAGAGGGAGCUGCAGGCGCUGCAGGGCGAGGGCGAGGCCCAGCUCCCCGAGGGGCAGAAGAAGAGCAGCAUGCGGCACAAGCUGGUGCACUUGACCCUGAAGAAGAAGUCGAAGCUGACAGAGGAGGUGACCAAGAGGCUGCACGACGGGGAGUCCACGGUGCAGGGCAACAGCAUGCUGGAGGACCGGCCCACCUCCAACCUGGAGAAGCUGCACUUCGUCAUCGGCAACGGCAUCCUGCGGCCAGCGCUCCGGGAUGAGAUCUACUGCCAGAUCAGCAAGCAGCUCACCCACAACCCCUCCAAGAGCAGCUACGCCCGGGGCUGGAUCCUCAUGUCUCUCUGUGUGGGCUGCUUCGCCCCCUCUGAGAAGUUCGUGAAGUUCCUGCGGAACUUCAUCCACGGGGGACCGCCUGGCUACGCCCCGUACUGUGAGGAGCGGCUCCGGAGGACCUUCGUCAACGGGACACGGACACAGCCGCCCAGCUGGCUGGAGCUGCAGGCCACCAAGUCCAAGAAGCCCAUUAUGUUGCCUGUGACAUUCAUGGAUGGGACCACCAAGACCCUGCUGACGGACUCGGCCACCACGGCCAAGGAGCUCUGCAACGCGCUGGCCGACAAGAUCUCCCUCAAGGACCGCUUCGGGUUCUCCCUCUACAUUGCCCUGUUUGAUAAGGUGUCCUCCCUGGGCAGCGGCAGUGACCACGUCAUGGAUGCCAUCUCCCAGUGUGAGCAGUAUGCCAAGGAGCAGGGUGCCCAGGAGCGCAAUGCCCCAUGGCGGCUCUUCUUCCGCAAAGAGGUCUUCACACCCUGGCACAACCCCUCAGAAGACAACGUGGCCACCAAUCUCAUCUACCAGCAGGUGGUACGAGGCGUCAAGUUUGGGGAGUACAGGUGUGAGAAGGAGGACGACCUGGCCGAGCUGGCCUCCCAGCAGUACUUUGUGGACUACGGCUCCGAGAUGAUUCUGGAGCGCCUCCUAAACCUCGUGCCCACCUACAUCCCUGACCGCGAGAUCACGCCCCUGAAGACGCUCGAGAAGUGGGCCCAGCUGGCCAUUGCUGCUCACAAGAAGGGGAUUUAUGCCCAGAGGAGAACUGAUUCCCAGAAGGUCAAGGAGGACGUGGUCAAUUACGCCCGCUUCAAGUGGCCCUUGCUCUUCUCCAGGUUUUACGAAGCCUACAAAUUCUCAGGCCCCAGCCUCCCCAAAAACGACGUCAUCGUGGCCGUCAACUGGACGGGUGUCUACUUCGUGGAUGAGCAGGAGCAGGUGCUCCUGGAGCUGUCCUUCCCCGAGAUCAUGGCCGUGUCCAGCAGCAGGGGAGCCAAACUCACAGCCCCCAGCUUCACGCUGGCCACCAUCAAGGGGGAUGAGUAUACCUUCACCUCCAGCAACGCCGAGGACAUCCGUGACCUCGUGGUCACCUUUCUGGAGGGGCUCCGGAAGAGGUCUAAGUACGUGGUGGCCCUACAGGACAACCCCAACCCUGCGGGCGAGGAGUCGGGCUUCCUCAGCUUCGCGAAGGGAGACCUCAUCAUCCUGGACCACGACACGGGAGAGCAGGUCAUGAACUCCGGCUGGGCCAACGGCAUCAACGAGCGGACCAAGCAGCGUGGGGACUUCCCCACCGACUGCGUGUAUGUCAUGCCCACGGUCACCAUGCCGCUGCGGGAGAUCGUGGCCCUGGUCACCAUGACCCCUGACCAGCGGCAGGAUGUGAUCCGGCUCUUGCAGCUGCGAGCGCCGGAGCCUGAGGUGCGCGCCAAGCCCUACACCCUAGAGGAGUUCUCCUAUGACUACUUCAGGCCCCCACCCAAGCACACCCUGAGCCGUGUGAUGGUGUCCAAGGCCCGAGGGAAGGACCGGCUGUGGAGCCACACGCGGGAGCCGCUGAAGCAGGCACUGCUCAAGAAGAUCCUGGGCAGCGAGGAGCUCUCGCAGGAGGCCUGCAUGGCCUUCAUCGCCGUGCUCAAGUACAUGGGCGACUACCCAUCCAAGAGGAUGCGCUCCGUCAACGAGCUCACCGACCAGAUCUUUGAGGGAGCCCUGAAGGCCGAGCCCCUCAAGGACGAGGUAUACGUGCAGAUCCUGAAGCAGCUGACCGACAACCACAUCAGGUACAGCGAGGAGCGGGGCUGGGAGCUGCUCUGGCUGUGCACGGGCCUCUUCCCCCCCAGCAACAUCCUCCUGCCCCACGUGCAGCGCUUCCUGCAGUCCCGGAAGCACUGCCCCCUCGCCAUCGACUGCCUGCAGCGGCUCCAGAAAGCCUUGAGAAAUGGGUCCCGGAAGUACCCCCCACACCUGGUGGAGGUGGAGGCCAUCCAGCACAAAACCACCCAGAUAUUCCACAAGGUCUACUUUCCCGACGACACCGACGAGGCCUUCGAGGUGGAGUCCAGCACCAAGGCCAAGGACUUCUGCCAGAACAUCGCCGCCCGGCUGCUCCUCAAGUCCUCGGAGGGCUUCAGUCUCUUUGUCAAAAUUGCAGACAAGGUCAUCAGCGUGCCUGAGAAUGACUUCUUCUUUGACUUUGUCCGACACCUGACAGACUGGAUAAAGAAAGCACGGCCCGUCAAGGAUGGAAUCGUGCCCUCGCUCACCUACCAGGUGUUCUUCAUGAAGAAGCUGUGGACCACCACGGUGCCAGGGAAGGACCCCAUGGCGGAUUCCAUCUUCCACUACUACCAGGAGUUGCCCAAGUAUCUCCGAGGCUACCACAAGUGCACGCGGGAAGAGGUGCUGCAGCUGGGGGCGCUGAUCUACAGGGUCAAGUUCGAAGAAGACAAGUCCUACUUCCCCAGUAUCCCAAAGCUGCUGCGGGAGCUGGUGCCCCAGGACCUCAUCCGGCAGGUCUCACCUGACGACUGGAAGCGGUCCAUCGUCGCCUACUUCAACAAGCACGCGGGGAAGUCCAAGGAGGAGGCCAAGCUGGCCUUCCUGAAGGUCAUCUUCAAGUGGCCCACCUUUGGCUCAGCCUUCUUCGAGGUGAAGCAAACUACGGAGCCAAACUUCCCGGAGAUCCUCUUGAUUGCCAUCAACAAGUAUGGGGUCAGCCUCAUUGAUCCCAGGACCAAGGACAUCUUGACCACGCACCCCUUCACCAAGAUCUCCAACUGGAGCAGCGGCAACACCUACUUCCACAUCACCAUUGGGAACCUGGUGCGCGGGAGCAAGCUGCUCUGUGAGACGUCGCUGGGCUACAAGAUGGAUGACCUCCUGACUUCCUAUAUCAGCCAGAUGCUCACGGCCAUGAGCAAACAGCGGGGCUCCCGGAGUGGCAAGUGAACAGUGUGGAGGCGGCACUGGCUCUGUGCCUGCACCUCAGGUGGCAGCUGGGUGAAGACCUUUGCCAUCGGGCAGGAAAGCUGGGUCGGCCAGCCACCAGUGACAGCACCAGCUUGGACUCUGGUCCUCCUUCCAGUGAGGUGGCCUUGCUGGGGUGCAGAGCACCCUUCCAACACCCCUAAGGCCCGCGGGUAGGAUUCGGUCCUGGCUGUGGCCUUCCCGGUUGUAAGAGCCUGUGCUCCGUGCAUGCUUCUCUCAUCCCAGACCAGCCCGGCCAUGCGACCUCCUUUGGCUUUCUGUGCGCACUGGGACCGGGAAUCAAGAGGACACCCUAAUUCUCCAUCCUGGGAGCAACCAGACCAAACCAACCGAAUCAAGAGUAUUCUGACACCUAAGGACUGGACUAGUUGAAUUCCUGUAAGUCCAGGACUCUCAGCUGGGGUGGAGGAGACGGACCCCUCUCUCUAUCGCAGUGUGAGUGCUGAGCCCCUUUCCUGACCACCUCAGGUCAUAAAGCAUGUGUUUCACCUUCUGGCCUGGGAGUGUCUCUAAUGGGAGGAGGAGGGAAAGAGUCUGUGGGGACAGGGCCCUGUUGGCUGUGUAACUCUCUCCUUGGUCUGUGUACAGGGCCAAGCUGGUCUGGGCCUGGGGGGAGGGGUGUCUGAGCCCAAGGUGUGCUUGAAAGAGACUUAAAAGACUGGCUGAGACAAGGGCAGAUAGCAGAGAAAUGCUGGGCUUUGGCCUGGGAGGUGAGGACCUAAGUGUGCGUGGGCAGGAGGUCAAGGAGGGACUGGCUUCUGAGCCUUCACCAGGGCCAGUGGAGCCAGAGUGGCCCCGGAAUCCUGCCAGAAACAUCUCCUUGGUUCAUCAAGAAAUCAUUGAGAACGCCACGAACAAUGUCUCUUUGGGUUAAAUCCCUACAUCCAGUGGGUGCCUAUAAAAUGCUACUUUGACACCAGGAUGGAACAACCAAGUUUGGCCAUGACCUGGGCAGGUCUGGAGCUGGGGGCUUCAGAGAGGGAAGGUGUGAUUUGGGGCUGUGGCCGGGAUGAGUGCCUAGUGAGGUGACAGGGGAGAAUCCCCUUGAAGUGGGUGUGUCUGUGAUCUGCCUCAGGGUCCCCCUGAUACUUCAGCAGAGCCAAGUCCUGCUUGCCCUCACACACCCAGGUGUUUAGCGUCUAGGUGCCCAACCGACCCACAGGGAGUACUAUUCCUGUUCUCUGCAGCUGCCUGUGGGAGAGGGAGGGAUGGUUGUGAAAACGCAGGCCCCAAACCAUAGCCCAGCCUUCUGGGAUGGUCAUGUUGCUGUCCUAGACUGUCUGCCGCCACCCCCCCCCCCCCCCGAGUGGUUACCUGCCUCCACAGUCAGUCCAGGAUAAGCCUGGGCCUGGGGGAAGGUGCUACAGUGGUCUGCCCCUACACCAUCAUCGUAUAGAUGGGGAUACUGAGGCUCAGGUAAGUGUGAAUAGGUGAAGGUCACCUAGUGGAACUCAAUUCACUGCUUCUACUAUUGGGAUCCCACACAGAAGGGGCUCCAGCUGCUUGUUCUAAGUUGUAGUUUCCCUUCAAGGAAUACGCAUGAAAUUAUGCCCUCUUUCCAUUGGGGAAUCAGCCAACAGCAAACUAUUAGGAAGCAUCCCACUUCACACUAGAUCACAAAGAAGCCUGUGGAUAAAAUCUUUGCCCCUAACAUGCCCAGGCCACCUCUCAUUUUCUGACCCAGGAUGGCAUCCCUUUUGCACUUAUCCCCUAGUCUUUGCCAGCCUGAGUCAUCACAGAAGGGUACAAAGAAUACAUACUCCACUUACCUUCUGUCUUCCUGAAAGGUUGCCUUUAUUUACAUGCGGAAGUUCACCGCCGCCGCCCAUUAGCAGGGCUGCCAUGAAGGGUUCGGAUGAGAAAAACCCGUAUCAUCCAGGGAAGAAUGCGCUCCAGCUCCAAGACCACAGCAGCUGUUUUCCCUCUUGCCUACACCCUGGAGCUGCAGCCUUUAUAGAAAGGCUAGACUAGACGUGCUCCAUCGAGCUUCCAAUGCUCUUCUGCACUCCCUUCUUGACCACUCCCCACCGUCACCACCCUCAGGCACAGAGAGGAAGAAUCAGAAGGGGGCAAGAUGUGGCUCAUUCUUUGAAGAGAGCCCAAAGGAGAAGGACAUGUUGGAUGUGGUGGAAAACAUCAUAGAACAGGAUUCUUGGGAGUAUUCAACAGUGGGAGUCUUUUUGGGUUGUUUUAGGGUGAGGGGUGUCUAUGGAGGAAACUGCUGGGCCCUUUGCCUCUGGCACUGCAGUUUGGAGGGUGGCCUCUGUUGGCCUUCUAGGUGAGUGCUGGGGUGGAUUCAAAGGCCUUCUCAGUGGGCACUGGUUGUCUAAGGUCAUCUGUAGCAGGCUCGGUGGCUUCCUGGACUGACUAUGGUUCAAUGCCUUUUAUCCUGGUUAAACCUGGGGAGGGGCUGCUGGAGGCUCUGGGCUUUUCCCAGCUUGGGAAGGAGAUGGCUUGGCUGCAGAGUUAUCGUCUCCUUUCUCACUUUUUCUCCCUUUGUAUCUUAUACUUCCAGUAUCUGUGGGAUAGAAAAGAGAAACACACGGAGUUUUCAAAUGUCACCUCUCCAAUCUCUGUUGGUCAUGUAGUGAAAUCCUCGUUAUAUUUAAAAUGUUAGUCCCUCACUUACCAUCUCAGGUUCUUUCCCUCUAGUUCUCCCUAUCCCAGACUUUGUGCAAACUUUAUCAUGGUCAUGCAAUUCAGCAUGCUGCUGGAAUCGAAGAGUCUAUUGUGUGAGGUUCCAACCCCCCAGGGAAGCCCUCAGAAGACAGAAAUUAACAUUCUCUUCAAGUUCAUGCACUUCACAACCAUUGCCUUAAAAAAUGAACACAAGAAAAAGAGAGAAAUAAUGAACACUCCUCUAUUAGAAUAGGAGGUUCUUAUGGUCAGAGACUUUGUCUUGCUUGCCACUAGAUACAGUGUUGUCACAUAGUAAGUACUCAAAAAAUAAUUUUUAUCUAGCUAAUAGAAAAAAUAGAAGGUGGAGAGGUCUUCUAGCAAUGGAUCUGGGAAUUUGACUCUUACCAAAGACAAAUUAAAAACUGGAUAAUAUACAAAACCAAGAAAAUAUCUUAAAUGAUGUAAGAAUUUACAAUAAGGGAGGAACUGUGUAGCCAAAAUCUAGAAGAAAGUGAGAAUCCAAAGUGGUAAGCCCAGAACUCGGUUAUUUUUUUACCCUGAAUGUAAUUUCAAUCUUGAAGAAAUAGCUGCACACAUGAGCUUUAUCUUCUGUCAGGAGGAAGGGGAUUUUUUAUUGCUCUUGAGUGGAAUUUGUAGGUCAACUGGAUUUUAGGACAACAAAUACCUAGGAUAUUAGGUUUUCUAAUUCAUGAAUGUGGUGUAUUGCUCCAUUUAUUUGGGUCUUCUCUCAGCAAACAUUCGUAGUUUUCAGGUUUUAUGUUGUUAUAAAUGGCAUUUAGAUUUUUAAAAUUUUACCAAUUAUUCAUUGGUAAUAUAAAGUCUUACAAUUAAUUUCUCUGUAUAUUGACCUUAUAUCCUGAGCGACUACUUAACCCACUUAUUAUUUUCAAUAGGUUUGUUUGUUGUUUGAUUCCUUAGUGUUUUUUAAUUUAAAUAAUCAUAUCUGCAAAUCAGAAGUUUUAUUUAUUCCUUUAUAGCUGUCAUUUAUCUUAUUAAACUGGCUAUGAUCUCCAGCACAAUGCUGAAUAGAAGUUGUGAGAGCAGAUAUCCUUGCCUUAUUUCUGAUCUUACAGGGAAAAUAUUCAUUGCUUCCCCAUUAAAAAUGAUAUUGGCAGUAGGUUUAUUGUAAAUAUAUUUUAUCAGAUUGAGGAAGUUUAAUCCCUAUUCCUAGUUAGCCCAGACAUUUAUUAUAAAGGGGUGUUGACUUUUGUCAAAUAUGCUUUUUUUUAUUUUAAUAUGGGAUUAUACUAGUUUUUAUAUGAAAUAUCCAUCUUGCAUUACUGGUAUACACCUUACUUUCUCAUGAUGUAUCAUCCUGUUUACAUUGAUUGAUUCAAUUUGCUAAUAUUUCAUUAAGGAUUUUUAUGUCUAAGUUUGUAGAUGAUAUUGAUCUGUAAAUUUUGUUCUGUACUAUCUUUGUGAAGUUUUAUAUGAGAACUUUUCUGGCCUCAAAAAUCAGCUGGGAAGUGUUCUUUCCUUUUUUUUUUUU